GAUGCAUCAGUUAGCGCGCCAUCAUCAAGAAAGCAUCGUCAGCUGAGAUAAUUUUGUUUUUUAUGCUAAUGGGCUUGCUGGACGAGUGUCAGGAGCUUUUUGGCUCCUCCGAUCUGUAUGAGGUUCUUGGGUUGACAAAGGCAUCGUCUGCAAGUGAAGUGAAAAGAGGUUACCAUAAAUUGUCCCUUCAAGUUCAUCCAGACAGAGUAAAACCCAGAGAAAAAACUCUAGCCACAAAGAAGUUCCAAGCUCUUGGGAAGGUCUACUCCAUUCUGUCUGACAAGGAAAAGAGAGCUGUUUAUGAUGAAACAGGAGAAGUUGAUGACGAGAAUGACAUUUCUCAGGACAGAGACUGGUACGACUACUGGAGGCUCCUCUUUGCAAAGAUUUCCGUCAGUGACAUCAAACAAUUUGAAGAGAACUAUAAAGAAUCUGAAGAGGAAUUAAAUGACCUGAAAGCAGCCUAUGUGGAUUAUGAAGGAGACAUGGAUGAAAUAAUAGACAGUGUUUUGUGUGCAUCUGUUGAGGAUGAACCACGCUUUAGAAACAUUCUCACAGAGCUAAUAAAAAGGAAAGAACUGCCAAGUUUUAAAAAGUUUGCAAAAGAGAGCCGUGCCAAAAAGGAUGCCAGAAAAAGAAAGGCGCAGGCAGAGGCCCAGGAGGCAGAGGAACUUGCCAGUGAACUGGGACUGGAUAAGAACAACUCUCUGCAAGCAUUGAUUAAGAAGAACCAGCAGUCCAGGGAGGAGCAGAUGGGCGGUUUUCUGGCCAGUUUGGAGGCCAAAUAUGCACAGCCCAAGUCAAAAACAUCGAAAGGGAAGAAAGGGAAAUGACUCCAGUCUGCAAUUUCUUAUGUUUUUUUUUUUUUUUUUUUUUUUUUUUUUUCCUCAAAAGUCAUGACCCAGAAAACAGGAAGCAAUAUGCAGUUUUACACUUUCUUACUAUUUCAUUGUAUUUUAUAGGUUCUUGGAAGACAUUCUUCCAAGCUGUUGCAACAUUUCUCCAAGUAUGAAUCACUUUGUCAUUCAGUAUGGAACAGGUUACCAGAAGUACUGUAGUAAUGAUUCGAUCUUUUUAGUGAGGAAAAUGACGAAUUUUACAGAUACUGUCUUUUUUGAAGUCAUAAAUUCUUACAAUUAGAGCCUUCCUAUUGAGUGGUAACCACUAAAGUGAAAAGCAGGCUACCUUAUAGUUUCUAUACAGUAAAAGUUGAUGCUUUAUAGAGAUUACUUUUAUGAUUCAGAAAUUAUAUUUCUGAAGUAUUGAUACAUUUUCUACAUUGAAAAGAUCAAGUCAUUACCGUAACAAACUCAUCAAAAUGAGAUGCGAUGGAAGAAAAGUGUGUAUUUGGUAUUAAUGACACAUACUUAGAUCAAGUUGUAAAAGAUAACAAGUUUCAAGUGCUUAAUGAAGUCAGACAACAAGACACAAAAACAUUGUUACUUCUAGUUGGAUAAACUAUUUUUAUUUAUCCUUUUUUUUUUGCAUGUUUUAUAUACUAUUUUAAUUCGAGUUAAAUAAACAAUGUUAUUUUUUCACAUA